GGCCCGGGGGUGCUGGCGGCGGCGGCCUGGCCCCCCUCGGCCCCGGGACUCUCGGUUUCCUUCAUUCCCUGCCAGCAUGGAGUUCGCCGAGCUGAUCAAGACUCCCCGGGCGGACAACGCCGUCCUGCACCGGCCCUUCCACCCUACCGUGGAGGGAACGCUGUGCCUCACCGGGCACCACCUCAUUUUCUCCUCUCGGCGCCAGGAUAACGAGGAGGAGCUGUGGCUGCUGCAUUCCAAUAUCGACUGCAUUGAGAAAAGGUUUCUGGGCUCAGUGGGGACCAUCAUUAUAAAAUGCAAAGAUCUGCGAAUUAUUCAGCUGGAUAUUCCUGGAAUGGAGGAGUGUCUGAACAUUGCUAGCUCUAUUGAGGCACUUUCUACGUUGGAUUCUGUCACUCUUAUGUACCCGUUCUUCUACCGGCCCAUGUUUGAAAUUGUUGAAGAUGGAUGGAGUGCUUUUCUGCCCGAGAAAGAGUUUGAAGUCCUCAUGUCAGUGACAGAUCAAUGGCGUCUAAGCUACAUCAAUAAGGACUUCUCCAUCUGCCCUUCCUACCCUCCAGUGGUUGUUGUCCCCAAAUCCAUCAGUGAUGAAACACUUAAGAAGGUUGCAGCGUAUCGCCACGGCGGUCGCUUCCCGGUCCUCAGCUAUUAUCAUAAGAAGAACAGCAUGGUCAUGAUGCGAAGCAGCCAGCCUCUGACAGGUACAAAUGGGAGACGCUGUAAAGAAGAUGAGAAACUUGUUAAUGCCACUCUUCGUCCUGGGAAGCGUGGGUACAUCAUUGACACGAGGUCCCUGAGUGCUGCCCAGCAGGCCAAGGCCAAAGGAGGAGGCUUUGAACAAGAAGUGUAUUAUCCCCAGUGGAGGAGGAUUCACAGGUGCAUAGAGAGGUUUAAUAUUCUGCAGGAAAGCCUCAUCAAACUCGUAGAAGCUUGCAAUGACCAGUCACACAACAUGGACCGCUGGCUCAGUAAACUGGAAGCUUCCAACUGGAUGACUUACAUCAAGGAGAUACUCACUGCAGCUUGCCUAGCUGCUCAGUGUAUUGAUAGGGAAGGUGCAUCAGUGUUGGUUCAUGGGACUGAAGGAACUGAUUCAACACUCCAGGUAACUUCUCUGGCACAGAUUAUCUUGGAUCCAGACUGCAGGACCAUACAAGGCUUUGAAUCUCUUCUUGUCAGGGAGUGGCUACAGGUAAGUCCUGGUGGAUAAAAUGUCAAUCUGUUCUCUUGGCAUUUGCAUUGGGAAAUGGCCUGAGAGGCAGUAAGCAGGUUACACCUUGGUGUACAUGUGUGAACAAACAGUCCUUGUCUGAAGAAGCAGAAUCACAGAAUUGCCAGGAUUGGAAGGGACCUCAAGGAUCGUCAAGCU